ACUCCCGGUAACAAAUACAGACGGGUGUGAGUGGGAGGUGUGUGUCGUUACUCCCGGGUCGAUUGAGAUUAUGAGCGCAGACCUGCAGGAGCAGGAAGAUGAACUUCUCGCGCUCCAGAGCAUCUAUUCGGAGGAGUUCGUCCGGGAAGAGUCGAAGUUUGCCGGAAAAAUCCGACUGUGCGCCGACAUUCACGCGGAGUUCAUCGUGUUUCUGACAGAAGGUGAGUCUCGGAGGCAGUAUGAGAUUUCCUUUCUCCCACCUCUGCUUCUGAGCUUUGAGCUCCCUGAGGACUACCCAUCCUCCUCCCCUCCCUCCUUCACCCUCAUCUGCAGCUGGCUGACUCACACACAGCUUGAUGCACUGAGCGCUCAGCUCGUUGAGCUCUACCGGGCCAAUGGGGGAGCUGUUGUACUUUUCUCUUGGGUGCAGUUUCUGAGAAAAGAUGCCCUGAUGUUUCUGGGUAUCUGUAGUGAGCUGGAAGUUCCUUCUGAUGGAGGCAGCACCCUGCAGGAUAAACACAGUGUUGCAGCAUCAGAAAUGAGGAUUAAUCCUCUCAUUUCAGACUCAAAACCUGCAGACGCCCAGUGUGGCAAUGCACUAAAUCCACGCAAACUGGAUAUUUCUUCACCAGACACCGUGCUUCCAGCCAGCUGCACAGAUUCUCAUCAAAGCUUGUCUAAUCAAAUGGAAGAUUUAUUGCAUGAAGAAGAUCGUUCAGCCUCAGGCCUAUUAGAAACAAGUGCAGAAGGAGCAGCAUCUCUGCUGGCCCACUUCGAGGAUUACCCUCAGGAUGAAGACCAAUCUCUCUUCGAUGUCGCUCCAUCUCAGGCCCUCCUGUCCCAGAUUUUGAUCUAUGACGCAUCACAGAAACAGAGAGUUUUUGACAGCACAGUGUUUGACUGUGUUGUUUGUUUUUUGAGUUAUCUGGGUUCAGAGUGUGUGCAGCUGUUCGAGUGCGGCCACAUCUUCUGCCAGACCUGUCUCGGGGAGUUUUGCAAAUUCCAGAUCUCAGAGGGGAACGUCCGCAAUGUCAGCUGUCCUCAGGCCGACUGCACUGCUACACCUACACCUGCACAGGUCAAGAGUUUGGUCGGAGAGGAACUUUUCAUCCGCUAUGAUCGUCUCCUUCUGCAGUCGACUCUGGAUAGCAUGUCUGAUGUGGUGUACUGUCCUCGACCUUCCUGUGCUUCAGCCGUCAUCCUGGAGAAGUCCAGCGCUCUGGCAAUGUGCUCUGUGUGCGGCUUUGCCUUCUGUGUCAGGUGCAAGAAAACCUACCAUGGCACAGAUGAGUGUACAACGCCGAAGGAAUCGGAGAGGGUUGUUUAUAUACGUGCAAGGAAACUGCCCGAAUCUGAAGUGCAAAGGGAGCUUCUUUGGAAUGACUAUGUCACUGGCAGCAAGGAGAGGAGGCGCCUCUUGGAGAUGAAAUAUGGACGAGAUAUCCUGCAAUGUGUUUUGGAAGCAGGUUUAAGUGAAGGCUGGUUGGCCAGAAAUACCAAACACUGUCCUCACUGCUCCAGCAAAAUACAGAAGAUUGGAGGAUGUAACAUAAUGACGUGCACAUGGUGCAAGAAAAGGUUCUGCUGGAUGUGUUACACCAGAUUUUCACCUAAUGAUCUGAUAUAUGGGCAUUUUAAAUCGGGUGUUUGUACUGUAUAUUCUCAGAAAACGUGGUAGUCCUUCAUCUUUUUGGCACUGCAGCCACAAAGAUAGUGAAUGACCACAGAUUUCACUGUUAGGUAAAAUCAUUGUUUUAUAUUUAUUUUAUUUAUUUAUUAGACAUCAACAAAAAUGGUGC